UUUUAAACGAAGAGGGAAAACAGCGGCAAAAGACGAGCGAGGACUCGAUUUUCUUUCCUACACGGCCCAGCCGCCAUUUUUUCUCUGUUCGUUUUCGGUUCAUCCGCCUUUAGCUGUAAUCGUGUCUUGUGUGGGCCCAGCCAUAUUUUUUAAAAUAUAAAAUUAAUUGGUAACUUAUUAAUCGAACAACGAUUGGAGUAGUUAGUGAGUGAUGAUGAAAAGGGCCUAAAUUUUGAAAUAGUUUCGAUUAUAUUGUGGGAUUUUUUCUUUUUUUUUUGGUUCAAAAAUAUGACGGUAAACAAUAAAUUCAUAUUUUAGAAAAUUCUAACCUCAAAGUUUCUGAUGGAGCAAGUUUCAGAAAAACUAAAUUAUUUCGCCAGCUCGGAGGCCGGAAAAUCUUUGGUCGACGACGAUGACCGUCCUGUUUCAGAUGACAAAGAAUACACUACUUCGGGUUUCUAUGUGCGAGAAAAACCCACCGACAAAGAAUCUGCAACAAAUUCGUCAUCGAAUUCAAAUGACGGCACAAAAGAUGACGAUAAUCAGACGGAGUCUGUCACUGAUGUCGCUUUAGUUAAUGGAGAAACAAGCGAAAAAAUGGCAAUUGAGGAAGAAGUUAUUGAAGAGGAUAAUAAAAAUGAGACAGAAGAAGUUAUUGAAAAUAGUGAUGAAGCUGAAACUGAUGUAAUUGACGAGAGCAAUAAAGAUGUGACAGAAGAUAAUAAUGAAGAUAAAAUUGAAACUGACAAAGAAGAUAUAGUUGAAAAGAGUGAUGAUGAAGUCGAAACUAAAGAAAAAAGUGACGCAACAGAAGUAAUUAAUGAAGUUAGCGAUAAUAACGAAGCAAAAAUAGAGAGUGUGAAUGAUGAAAUUGAUAAAGAUAAAAAUGAAGAAAAAAAAAUUGAAAAUAAUCAAAUUGCUGAGAAAAAAGACAAAAUUGAAACUGCUGAGAAAGUAGUUGAUGAGUUGGAAGAAACAACAACAAAUAAUAUUUCUAGUACUGAAGAAGAAACUAUUUUGGAGGCAACAGUGCAGAACGAAACGGAAUCUGCAACCACAGACAAGAAGAGUGAUGAAGAGAAAUCCUCAAAGGAUGAAGAAACCAAAGAAGCAACAGUAGAAGAUGAACCAAUGCCACUAGAAGAAGAGAAAACUGAAGAUAAAGAAAUCAACGCAAGUGACGAAAACAAAAGCCAAGAAACCCCUACAACCGACAAGAAAAAAGACGAAGAUGCCACAUACUCCAAGCAUUCCUCUUCAACCAACACCGGCACAGAUUACGAAGACGAAGACGACUUUGACCCGUCCCUCCUAUGUCCCGACAUAUCCAUGGACGUUGACGAAGCAGCCCCAGUUGUGACUAACAGCCAACCCCCCUCUGCACCUAGAGACAGCAGCCUGAGCCCUCUCCCCUACGAACCAAUCUUCUCUACUCUAGUAGACGAAUACACUGGCACGGAAAUCCAAGUUGACUUAACUCCAGAAGAAAUGGAGUUGCGCCAGAACAUGUACAAAAUCAGCAACCCGGUUCAGUCUACCAAAAUCCAUUGCACCGCUUGCAAUGUACAUUUAGGCAGCGCCCUUACUGGAGCCAACAAUCGAUUCGUGCACCCUUUGCUUAAAGUGCUCAUUUGCAAAAACUGCUAUCACUUUUACACUAGUGGCGAGUUCGAAAAAGACGAAGACGGCAGCGAGUUGUACUGCAGGUGGUGCGGACAAGGAGGCCAAGUUCUUUGCUGCUCCUCUUGCGAAUUUGUUUUCUGCAAACGAUGCAUCAGAAACAAUUUCGGACCGAAAAAGUUCAAACAAAUCCGUGAAAGUGAUGAUUGGAGUUGUUUCCGGUGCGAUCCUGGUCAGUUGUCUUACUUGCGCGCUGCUUGUGCUGAAUUUAUCGACUACUACAAGAAAGAGUCACAAAGGGUGCACGCGUUGGCCGGAGCCAAUCCGGAACUGAUGACUACGGACUAUACCAAGUGUUGCUCCAAGGAGAAGGUGGAGGAGGGCAAACCGCCUGGACAGAGGGCCAAAAGGAGGCGGAAUAAUAAUGAGGAUAGCGAUCCAGAUUAUAAUGUGCAUGAAAGUGCUGAACCUUCUGCAAAGAGACAACAUUUGUCCGCCGCUGCCACCGCUUCGACUAACCAGUUGCGUACUCUGGCACCCAAACCCAGCACUGCGACGUCCAUUGUGGCACCCUCCAGACAGGCCAUAAGACCGCAGGUCGGUUCCAAAAUAGAUCCGGUCAGAUUCAGACCGAUGGGCAACAGUCAGAUCAGAGGCGUCCCGCCAGGUUUUGUCGCAAAGCCUGGUACUCCCGGCGUCAGUCCUAACUUUGUCAAAUUGGUACCGCAGCAGCGCCUAGCGCGACCUAUGGCACCCUCUCAACAGGUCCGGCCUUUGUCUUACACUGUCGUUUCUGGUACUACCAAUGGCAGACCGACUUUGAGCACAAUACGGCCCGCUGCCAAACCGGCCAAUCAGAUACCUCCAAUGAAACAUGAAUGGUUUGAAAAAACUGUUAGAGCUGCGGCCAGAGUCAAUUCUAACUUGUCUUACACUCUAACUCAAUUGAACAGACAACAAUCACAAGCAAAUUCAGUCGAAUCCCUUGCCGUCGUUCACAACAAACUCCAAGAAGUCCUUAGCACAUCGAUCAACUCGCUGAUCCAAGUGCGCAAAAAUCUGCGUGCCGAGUUCCUUGUAGGCAUCAAAUCUGUCAAGCUUCCUCCUAAAACGCCUAAACCGGUCACUGCGCCUGCACCAGCGCCCCCACCGGCCCCAAUACCGGACGACGAUGACGUCAUUUUCGUCAGCCAACCCCCACCGUUGGUCAUGUCGCCCUCUGUCACUAUUGCUAACAAAAAAAUACCCCUCAAAAUAGGGGUUAAUAAUAAUGUCAAUAAGACUUUGACUGUGAGAUCGGGUGUUGGUGCUAAACCCAUCCCUUCUACUAGCGGUGUUAAACCCACCACCCCCACUACUAAUCUUGCUAAAUUGGCUAGUAAUAAAAUUGCUGUCAAACCCGGUGGCGUCAAAAGCACCCCGCCUACUCCUGCUGCAAGUAUUGGCGGGCCUGUUAAAGGUGGUGGUUUUUUGAAAGUCAGAUCGCUGAUGGCGCUGCAAUCGGUGCCAUCUGAAUGUAUUACCAUUCCGGAUGAUCCUGUUGAAGAUCCGCUUAAAUUGAGUUCGCCUUUGCUGCCCAUGCUUCCAAUGCCACAUGCAAAUGAUAAUCGAAUUGAAAUUCUUGAUGAUGAGUCUGAAAAAAACGAAUCGCCAAUGAUUAUUAUGAGUUCGCCACCUCCAUUGGCCAAAUUGUCGAGGCCUAGUCCCGUCCCGGAAAUGGAAAUGACGUUCAACCUUAGUAAACCGCUAUCGCCAAAAGUGCGGAAGAUGAUGAGAGCUCACGUGCCUAUCGAUAAGUCGCCCUAUUUGGAGCAGCUCUUGGAAAAAACUAGUGUAAAAACUGUAAAGAUAGAGGACAAGGGAAAAGGUUCCCGUUCAACUAGUUAGAUAAUUGAUAUUUGAGAUUUUUUUUUUUCAAUUUUGGUAAAGUGAUCGUUCGUUUAUGUUUUUAAGCCCUAUGGAAAUUAUGUUUUUCUUUUUUUGCAAUAAAAAACAUGUAGAAAAACCAA